CGCGUGCAUGGCCACUAUCACCGAAGCUAUCUAGGUCAGCAUGCUGGCGCCAUGUAUUUGUGGAUGUAUUCGUGGUGUUUUGAUAUAUAUAUGAAGAAGAUGAUCGCAAUUAUAUUCGUGAAAAAAAUAAUAAAAACAUACUCUUCAGACUCAAGACUACCUACCUAUUUAUCCAAAUCAGACAAGAAACUUUUUUUUUAAAAAAAAAAAUCAAGAGAAAAAGAUGUCGUCUCCUUACAACGCCAAGACAACCGCCAGUGAAGUCGUGAAAGACCUCGCGGCCGAAAUCAAAGGAAAGGUCAUUUUGACCACUGGGGUAUCUCCUGAUACUCUCGGUGCUUACUUCGUCACGACCAUCGCUCAAGCUGAGCCUAGCAUGUUGAUACUGGCCGGUCGGAGCCCUGCGAAAGUGCAAAAGACAGCCGACGCCAUUACCUCCGCGCACCCAAACGUCAAGGUGCGCGUCCUCCAGCUCGAUCUGGGGUCUUUUUCUGCCGUCCGGGAGGCCGCCGCCACCGUGAAUGGAUGGGAUGACGUCCCGCACAUUGACGUGCUGGUGAACAACGCCGGCAUCAUGGCGGUGGACUAUGGCCUGACCCCUGACGGCUUCGAGAGACAGUUCGGGACGAACCAUCUCGGGCAUUUCCUCUUCACCAACUUGGUCAUGGGCAAAAUCUUGAAGUCGAAGUCUCCGAGAGUGAUCAGUGUUAGCAGCGAGGGCCAUCGGCUGAGCCAGAUUCGCUGGGCCGACUACAACUUUAGCAACGGCGAGACUUACGAUAAAUGGCGGGCAUAUGGCCAGUCCAAGACUGCGAACAUGUUGAUGAUACUUUCCAUUGCGCAGAAACUGGGACCUCGGGUCCAGGCGUACAGCCUGCAUCCCGGAGUCAUCUCCACGCACCUCAAUGAUCACAUUGACUUCGAGGCUGACGUACUAAGCCUUCGAAACACGGACAGACAGGAAGGCAACAAAGAAGGCUGGUACGAUAGUUACAUUUUCAAGACGAUGGAGGAGGGGACGUCCACUCAUGUGUACGCGGCGUUUAGCCCACAGCUUAAAGACCACAACGGAGCCUACUUCGAAGAUACCGGUCUCGCCAAUCCCUGGGUGCACACGGUUCGGCCGUGGGCGACGAGCGCAAUCGAGGCAGAGCGGUUGUGGAAGUUGAGCGAGCAACUUGUCGGUCAAGAGUUCAACUAUGCAUCGGAGUGAAAAAGAAAAUUUGCUUCUGCAGUUCGGAACGAAUUUGUGGUUCCUACUAGAGGGCUUCGGUCUGAAUUUCUUGGGGGCUGCACCGGAAGAUGGUGGCUAGAGGGGAUA